AUGGCAAUCCAGGCAGCAGUCACAGCCUUCUGGCUGUCGUUUGUUUCCUGGGGACUAAAUGCUGUUUCCAAAGACACAUCACCUUGUUCCUCUGGGAGUGCCCUGAAAUCUCUCAGGACUCUUAGAGCAUUGAGGCCUCUACGAGCUUUGUCAAGAUUUGAAGGGAUAAAGGUUGUUGUGAAUGCACUCUUGGGAGCUAUCCCCUCAAUCUUGAACGUUUUGCUCGUCUGUAUUGUCUUCUGGCUCCUAUUUGACUUUGUAGGAGUAAAAUUCCUUGGAAAAAAAUUUUGGAAAUGCACACUCAAGAAAGGAAAUAUCAGUCUAAUUGAUAACAAAUAUAAUUGUACUUUCUAUAACGGAACAUGGACAAAUAAUGAUGUAAACUUUGAUAAUGUUGGGAUGGGAUACUUGGCUCUUCUCCAAGUGAUAGAUGAACAGCCAAAGUUUGAAGCAUUCUUAGCUAUGUAUACGUAUUUUGUGAUUUUCAUUAUUUUUGGAUCUUUCUUCAUGCUGAACCUUUUCAUUGGAGUGGUUAUCAGCAAUUUUAACCAACAAAGGAAAAAGAUAAGUGAAAAAGAUCUAUUUUUGACUGAGGAACAGAAAAAGUACUAUAAUGCCCUAAAAAAACUUGGAUCGAAGAAACCUCAAAAACCCAUCCCAAGACCACUGAAUGUGUUCCAAGGAUUACUCUUUGAUAUAGUAUCGCAUAAAGCAUUUGACAUUACCGUUGUGACUUUCAUCUGUCUAAAUAUGGUCAUUAUGAUGGCAGAAAAUAGCCAGAACGGCAUCAAGGAUGUUCUUAAUAAAAUCAACUACUUUUUUGUGGCUGUAUUUACUGGGGAAUGUGUCAUAAAAAUACUAGCCUUAAGACAUUACUUCUUCACCAGUGGCUGGAAUAUAUUUGAUUUCGCUGUUGUGGUCCUUUCACUAGUUAGUGUUGGACUUUCUGAAGGCUUUCAAACUUUGUUCUCUCCUGCACUUUUGAGAAUUUUUCGUUUGGCACGAAUUGGCCGGAUCCUGAGGUUAAUUCGAAAAGCUAGAGGAAUUCGAACUCUUCUUUUUGCGUUACUGAUGUCUCUUCCUGCACUGUUCAACAUUGGUCUUUUGCUUUUUCUGGUUAUGUUCAUUUAUGCCAUUGUGGGCAUGACAAACUUUGCCUGUCUUGGUUGGGAAGGUGGGAUUGAUAACCUUUUCAACUUUCAAACCUUUGAGGGCAGCAUUCUCUGUCUCUUCCAAAUUACAACAUCAGCUGGCUGGGAUGGUCUUUUGGUCCCUCUGUUAAAAGGACCUGAUUCAUGUGCUCCCAACUUAAAUUUAACAGAUGAGCAGAAAAAAAAUUGCGCAAAUAAGGAUGUUGGUAUUUUAUUUUUUGUAAGCUAUAUCAUUAUAUCAUUUCUCAUUGUUGUAAAUAUGUACAUAGCUGUCAUUUUAGAGAACUUCAGUGUUGCCACUGAAGAGAGCACAGAUCCUCUUUGUGACGAUGACUUUGAUAUGUUUUAUGAGACCUGGGGAAAGUUUGAUCCUCAGGCAACACAGUUUAUUAGCUCUUCUGCUCUUUCAGACUUUGCAGAUGCUCUGGCAGAACCCUUACGCAUUCCAAAGCCUAAUAAAAUUCAGCUCAUAUCCAUGGACCUCCCUAUAGUUAGUGGAGAUAAGAUCCACUGCUUGGAUAUCUUGCUUGCCCUCACUAAAAGGGUCUUGGGAGAAUCUAGGGGUUUGGAUGGUCUUGAAUUACACAUGGAAGAAAAAUUUAUGGCUGCCAAUCCAUCUAAAGUUUCUUACAAGCCAAUUACGACUACCCUUAAAAGAAAACAAGAGGAGGUAUCGGCUCUUAUUAUUCAAAGGGCCUUCAGGAGGUAUUUGAUGCAGCGUUCUUUUAAAAAUAAAUCUUUCUCAUACCAUCAUAAACGUUAUAACAGUGCUGUCUUUGAAGAAGAAACACAUGAGAAGGAAAGACUUAUUGCAUCAAUGCUUAAUGAAGAUAAUGGUAGGAAGCUAGAUAAAUCACGGACUACAUCUUCCAUAACUCUCCCUUUAUUUUAUGAUGGGAUUGCUGAAACAGCUAGCGAUAAAGUGGACACAUAA